CGCAGCGUUGUGGGGGACUGGGGGCGGAGGCGGCUCCGGGCGCUGUGGCUCCCGCCUGGGCGGGCAGGCUGCCACACUCGCCUUCCUGGCCGCCGCGCCUCGGCCCCAUGGACGCCCUGUGCGGCUCCAAGUUCUGGAAUCUGAGAGAUUCCCCAGAACUUGGAGCUUGAAGCAGCCAGCCCAGCCCCUUACUGCAGAGCUUUGGAAGCUGAGAGCCAGGAAGGGAAUGGACUUGUUAAGGACACACAACAGGAAGCGGCUGAGCAUUGGACUGGGAAGCGAGACCCCUGAGAUAUGGUUCCAACGUGGCCACUGUCUGACUCUACAUCCUUGGGCUUCUAGGCCCCUUGUCCUGAGAUUCCUCACGGCUCAUGAGCUGACUCCAAUCUGUCCGUGCACACUGACAGCCCGGACCUCACUCCCUGCUUCCAGAAUUCUCUGCUGGCCUGGGCGCCCUGCUUCUACCUGUGGGCUGCCCUGCCCGGCUACCUGCUCUAUCGGGAAUACCACUGCGGAGGCUACAUCGUCCUCUCCCGCCUCUCCAGGCUCAAGACGGUCUCAGGCGUCCUGCUGUGGUGUGUCUCCUGGGCUGACCUCUUCUACUCCUUCCAUGGCCUGGUUCACGCUGCUGGCCACCCUGCUAAUCCAGUAUGAUCGGCUGCGGGGGGUACAGUCCUCGGGGGUCCUCAUCAUUUUCUGGUUUCUGUGUGUGGUCUGUGCCAUCGUCCCCUUCCGCUCCAGGAUCUUGCUGGCCAUGGCAAAGGGCAAGAUCUCGGACCCCUUCCGCUUCACCACUUUCUACAUCUACUUCGCCCUGGUGCUCUUUGCUCUCAUCCUGUCCUGCUUCAGGGAGAAGCCGCCAUUUUUCUCCCCAAGAAAUGUCAGCCCUAAUCCCUGCCCGGAGCUCAGUGCUGGCUUCCUCUCCCGCCUGUGUUUCUGGUGGUUCACAAAGAUGGCCAUCCUUGGGUACCGGCGCCCGCUGGAGGAGCAGGACCUCUGGUCCCUGAAGGAGGAGGACUGUUCGCAGAACGUGGUGCAUGGGCUGCUGGAGGUCUGGAAGAAGCUUCAGAAGACCACUGCGCGACACAAGACUGCGGUGUCAUCGGGGAAGAGAGUGUCUGGUGAGGACGAGAUGCUGCUGGGGGGCCGGCGCAGGCCCCAGCAGCCCUCCUUCCUGUGGGCCCUGCUGGUCACCUUCCGUUCCAGCCUCCUCAUCAGCAUAUGCCUCAAGGUGGCCCAGGACCUGCUCUCCUUCGUCAAUCCACAGCUGCUCAGCAUCCUGAUCAGUUUUAUCUCCAACCCCACGGCCCCCACCUGGUGGGGCUUCCUGGUGGCCGGGCUUAUGUUUGCGUGCUCCAUGAUGCAGACCCUGAUUUUACAGCAGUUUUAUCACUUCGUCUUUGCGAAGGCGCUGAAACUUCGUUUGGCUAUCAUUGGUGUCAUCUAUAGGAAGGCUCUGGUUAUCAGCAAUUCAACCAAACGGGAGUCCCCGGUGGGAGAAAUUGUCAACCUCAUGUCUACAGACGCCCAGCGCUUCAUGGAUCUCGCUCCCUUCCUCAACCUGGUGGUGUCCAUACCCCUGCAGAUCAUUCUGGCAAUGUACUUCCUCUGGCAGAACCUGGGUCCCUCCAUCCUGGCUGGGGUCACUCUCAUGGUCUUGCUGAUCCCGCUCAAUGGAGCCGUGGCCGUGAAGAUGCGUGCGUUCCAGGCAGAGCAAAUGAAGUUCAAGGACUCACGCAUCAAGCUGAUGAGUGAGAUCCUGGCUGGCAUCAAGGUGCUAAAGCUGUAUGCCUGGGAGCCGAGUUUCUUGGAGAAGGUAGAAGGCAUCCGGGAGGACGAGCUCCGGCUGCUGCGCAAGUCCGCCUACCUCCAAGCCAUCUCCACCUUCACCUGGGUCUGCACCCCCGUCCUGGUGACCCUGACCACGCUUGGGGUGUAUGUGUCUGUGGACCCAAACAACGUGCUAGACGCUGAGAAGGCCUUUGUGUCCGUGUCCCUGUUCAAUAUUUUAAAGAUUCCCCUCAACAUGUUGCCUCAGUUAAUCAGCAGCCUGAUCCAGACCAGUGUGUCUCUGAAACGGAUCCAGCAUUUCCUGAGCCAAGAUGAACUUGACCCCCAGUGUGUGGAAAGAAAGAUCAUCACCCCAGGAUAUGCUGUCACCAUACACAAUGGCACCUUCACCUGGGCCCAGGACCUGCCCCCUACACUGCACAGCCUAGACAUCCAGGUGCCAAAAGGGGCACUGGUGGCCGUGGUGGGGCCCGUGGGCUGUGGGAAGUCUUCCCUGGUGUCUGCCCUGCUGGGAGAGAUGGAGAAACUGGAAGGCACGGUGUGUGUGAAGGGCUCCGUGGCCUACGUGCCCCAGCAGGCAUGGAUCCAGAAUUGCACACUUCAGGAAAACGUACUGUUUGGCCGAGCCCUGGAUCCCAAGAGGUACCAUCGGGCUCUGGAAGCCUGUGCCUUGCUAGCUGACCUGGAGAUGCUGCCUGGCGGGGACCAGACAGAGAUCGGAGAAAAGGGCAUUAACCUGUCUGGGGGCCAGCGACAGCGUGUCAGUCUGGCCCGAGCUGUUUACAGUGAAGCUGAUCUUUUCUUGCUGGAUGACCCACUGUCAGCCGUGGACUCUCAUGUGGCCAAGCAUAUCUUUGACCAAGUCAUCGGGCCAGAAGGUGUGCUGGCAGGCAAGACACGGGUGCUGGUGACACACAGCAUCAGCUUCCUGCCCCAAAUGGACAUCAUCAUAGUGCUGGCUGAUGGGCAGGUGUCCGAGGUGGGCUCCUACCCAGACCUGCUGGGACGCAAUGGCUCCUUUGCCAACUUUCUCUGCAACUACGCGCCCGAGGAGGACAAAGAGAGCCUGAAGGAGGACAGCAGGCCUGCCUUGGAGAGCACAGAGGAUGAGGAACUGCUGCUGAUUGAAGACACGCUGAGCAAUCACACAGACCUGACAGACAACGAGCCGGUCCUGUAUGAGGUCCAGAAGCAGUUUAUGAGACAGCUGAGUGUCAUGUCCUCGGAAGGCGAGGGCCAGGGCCGGCCUGUGCCCCGGAGACGCCUGGGUUCAGCAGAGAAGGCACUGCAGGCAGCAGAGGCAAAGGCGAGGGGGGCGCUGAUCCAGGAGGAGAAGGCGGCAAUGGGCACUGUGAAGCUGAGUGUGUUCUGGGAUUAUGCCAAGGCUAUGGGGCUCUAUACCACAGUGGCUAUCUGUGUCCUAUACCUGUGUCAAACUGCGGCUGCCAUUGGGGCCAAUGUAUGGCUCAGCGCCUGGACCAAUGAGGCUAUGGUGGACAGCCGACAGAAUAACACCUCCAUGAGGCUGGGUGUCUAUGCUGCCUUGGGAGUUCUGCAAGGAAUCCUGGUGAUGCUGGCAGCCGUCACGCUGACGGUGGGCAGCGUCCACGCCGCACGCUCGCUUCACCAGGCGCUGCUGCACAACAAGAUGCGCUCACCACAGUCCUUCUUCGACACGACGCCCUCCGGCCGUAUCCUAAACCGCUUCUCCAAAGAUAUCUACGUCAUCGAUGAGGUUCUGGCCCCCACUAUCCUCAUGCUGCUGAAUUCCUUCUACAACUCCCUCGCCACCCUCGUGGUCAUCGUGGCCAGCACGCCGCUCUUCACCGUGGUCACCCUGCCCCUGGGGAUCUUCUAUGUCUUGAUGCAGCGCUUUUAUGUGGCGACGUCACGGCAGCUGAAGAGGCUGGAGUCCAUCAGCCGCUCGCCCAUUUACUCCCACUUUUCGGAGACAGUGACGGGCUCCAGCGUCAUCCGGGCCUACGGCCGCAGCCAAGACUUCCAGGCUAUCAGUGACGCUAAAGUGGAUGCCAACCAGAGGAGCUGCUAUGCCCACAUUGCCUCCAACAGGUGGCUGGGAGUCCAAGUGGAGUUCGUGGGCAACUGUGUUGUGUUCUUUGCUGCACUCUUUGCUGUGAUCGGCAGAAACAGCCUGAGUCCGGGGCUGGUGGGCCUAUCCGUGUCCUACGCCCUACAGAUAACAUUGACUCUGAAUUGGAUGAUCCGAAUGAUGUCCGACUUGGAGGCUAACAUUGUGGCCGUAGAGAGAGUCAAGGAGUACUCCAAGACGGAGACCGAGGCCCCCUGGGUGGUGGAGGGCAGCCGUCCUCCCGCAGGCUGGCCCCUGAAAGGCGAGGUGGAGUUCCGCAAUUACUCCGUGCGCUACCGGCCUGGCCUGGAGCUGGUGCUGAAGAACCUGAGUCUGCGCGUGCGCGGUGGCGAGAAGGUGGGGAUCGUGGGCCGCACGGGGGCGGGCAAAUCAUCCAUGACCCUGUGCCUGUUCCGCAUCCUGGAGGCGGCGGAGGGUGAAAUCCGCAUCGACGACCUCAACGUGGCAGACAUCGGCCUCCACGACCUCCGCUCUCAGCUGACCAUCAUUCCCCAGGACCCCAUCCUGUUCUCCGCAUCCCUGCGUACGAACCUGGACCCCUUUGGGCAUUACUCGGAGGAAGAUAUAUGGCGAGCCUUGGAGCUGUCCCACCUACACAGCUUUGUGAGCUCCCAGCCGGCAGGCCUGGAAUUCCAGUGCUCUGAGGGAGGGGAGAAUCUCAGUGUGGGCCAGCGCCAGCUUGUGUGCCUGGCCCGAGCCCUGCUCCGCAAGAGCCGAAUCCUGGUCUUAGACGAGGCCACGGCAGCCAUCGACCUAGAGACGGACGACUUCAUCCAGGCCAUCAUCCGCACCCAGUUUGAGAGCUGCACGGUGCUGACCAUCGCCCACCGGCUCAACACCAUCAUGGACUACACCAGGGUCCUGGUCCUCGACAAAGGGACGAUAGCAGAAUUUGACUCUCCGGCCAACCUCAUUGCAGCCAGAGGCAUCUUCUAUGGGAUGGCCAGAGAUGCUGGACUUGCUUAGAAUACAUUCCCGGGACCUCCUCCUGGCUAUUCCUGGUUUUCCAACCUGUUUCUGCCCAGGAUGUUUAUGAGCGUACGGAAGAAGACUUCCAUCCUUGUGAUAAAGCGAGUAUGAAAGCACCAAUGCCCGAAUUAUUCCGCCUCUCCUUGGUGCUAAGAAAAGGUCUCUGCUGUGUUCCUGGAUUUAUUAGGCCAAUUUGGCAUGACGUCUGCUUUGUGAGGCUCCAGCCGCCCUAGACCAACAGGAACGCGGAUUCAUUCGGACAGCAGGCUCCGCGGAGGCCCUGAAGGUGUAAGGCUGUAUUUCCUCUCCUGCCUUGGGAGUUUGCUUCUGAGCUCACGGAGGUCCUGACAGGUGCUGACAGCCCAGAGGAGAGGCUCAGUUGUAUAAAGUAAAUAGCAUAAUCAAAACCUGUAGUUAACAGAGGAUGACCUCCAUCUAUCUAGCUCAGCCACUCCGGGGAAAUGAAGCUCACUGCUGUGAACUGGGAGGAAGGGCGCUAUACAAAACACCCAUCUCCAGCUGCCACCGACAGGCCACGAGCACCACGGCAGCCGCGGGAGGGAGGGAGGCGGCUCAGGUGGAGGGAACGCUGUCCAGGAAUUUGAACCCCCUGGGCUGAGAAGUGCCAUGCUGUUUAGGAGGCCGAAAUGAAAGAAGAUGGGCUCAGUCCGUUAAUAUUUGAUUUUAAUAAUACUUGUUAUGUUUGAACAGUCGGCAAUGCACAAAGAAAAAAGUUUUCCGUGAAUGUUUACACAUAGUGUGAACACAUGCUUUAAAUAUGCGGUGGAGGAGGGGUGAAUUCACAGUUAACAAAGCUAAAAAAAAAAAAAGUCCUUGUUAUAAAUUACACAAAGCAUAUAAAAAUAUUUCUCUGAAUGCAUAGAUUAAGACUUUAAACUCACCUACCAUCAACUGUGCAGUCUCAGCCCACCGCCAGGCGCAGGAGUCAGCUGACUACAGGAGACUUGAUGAAGGAGAAGGGAGGCCAGGGGAGAGCUAAGCCCUCCCCUGAGAUGCCAAGCCCCUCCCUCACUCUCACCUCUGUUUCAGGGGAAAUGCCCCUGGACAGACUCCUCCGUAGGGGCCACCUCCGGGCCAGGGACCUCCACUGCCUCUGAGUCUCUAACUGAUCUAGAUGGCUAGAAGAGUUUUUACCCCAGUGAUUUAGACAUAAAUUAAUACUGGAUUAUUUCCUCCGACAGAACUAGCCUUCGUGUUAUCAGUAAAUUGUAACUUCUCCCAACAGGAAGGAAAAAAGGUUAGUAGGUCUAGGUAAACUAGCUUCUGAUUGGUUGAAACACAAGGGAGGUUUCUUCUUUAAAGCACUUCAGAGAAGGGAUAGUAAGUAACCUUUACUCAGUGAUGCAAACACUGUACAAGGGUGAUUAAGUCACAUCAGUAACUAGUGGAAUACGGGUAAGUCACCGGACACAGUGACUCCAUGAAGCUGGCCUUGAAAACACCUCGGCCUCAGCUCGGCCCUGAGGCAGCAGCGGGAGGCCAUUCGCUUAGCACAACAUUCUCUUCCGUUGACAUCUUCUGCAUGUUCUCGCUCAAUUAGUCGCAGUGUUCCAAUAAAAUUAACACAGGAAGUUCAGUUUCUUUGGAAACUAUAGGCACUAUGGGGAAAAAGCUUCUUAAGACAGCAGGGAUGCUCUUCAGCUGGCUUCGAACCCCUGCCCUCCUGCUUGUCCAAGUGUGCUCGUUCUUGCUUCUAAAGUUAAGCUGUUUGUCUCAACAAGACAGUGGCUCUUUUACCAUUAAUGACACUGAAGGAGAGGAAAAGAAUUCUUGAAUGCGCUCUUUAAAAAAACAUUCGGAUGCCAUGUUCCAGAGUUUAAUCAGGUGUCUUCCAGAACAAAGCCCAGGAAGCUCUCGACUGGCUCUGUUAAGUGGACUGGUGGUGGUAGUAGGGGAGCCCUAAGAGCAAACAAUUUGUUUACAAAAAGCAACAGGUUUCAGAGUUGUGUAAAAAUCCUAAUAAUUUCAAAAUAACCUUUAUCUUUGAUACAAAAAUAAAGAUGCUAUCUCCUUUA